AAUAUCCUAAUAUCCUACAGUAAAAGCCCAAUCACUGUGUUUUCUGUACAAAACUCCACCCAUUGGGUUCAUAAGACUUGGAAAAAGAGUUGCCCUUUGUAGUUUACUAUAACAUAUAAAAGCUGUUAGCAGUUCGUGUAGCCAGCAGCUAGAAAGCUUACAGUUUUCCCCACCCUCUUUCUUUCUCCUUGUAAGUUGGUAAUAAGAUACACUCUUUUUUUCCAAAGUUCACACUAGAGCACAGAAGAGAACUGUUUAACUUGGAAGAAUAAUAACACUAGGCUUUUUGAUUCUGCAAAGAGAUACUCUGUCUCCUGCUUUAAAGGAGACAAUACCCACAGACCCUAAAAUGACAGUAAUUUCUGCCAUUAGUGGGGCUCUCUUAAUUACCAUUCUCUGUGAAGCAAGUGCACUAGUGUUGCCCAAUUCCUCUGACCUAUUCCUGUCAACUAAAAAUUACACUGAUAUUGAAGCAGCUUUAAAAACGCAUCUGGAUUCUGCAAGCUUCCCCAAAAUCAGGAAAAAGCGAUAUAUCUCACAGAAUGAUAUGAUUGCCAUUUUGGAUUAUCACAAUCAGGUCAGAGGCAAAGUGUUCCCACCUGCAUCCAAUAUGGAAUACAUGGUGUGGGAUGAUAAUCUAGCUAAAUCGGCAGAAGCUUGGGCAGCUACUUGCAUUUGGGACCAUGGACCUUCUUACUUGUUGAGAUUUCUGGGACAAAAUUUAUCUGUACGGACUGGAAGAUAUCGAUCCAUUCUCCAGCUGGUACAGCCCUGGUAUGAAGAAGUGAAAGAUUAUGCCUUUCCAUAUCCUCAGGACUGCAAUCCAAGGUGUCCAAUGAGAUGCUACGGACCAAUGUGCACACAUUAUACCCAGAUGGUUUGGGCCACUUCCAACAGAAUAGGUUGUGCAAUCCACACUUGCCCUAAUAUGAAUGUCUGGGGGGCUGUUUGGAGCCGAGUUAUUUAUCUGGUAUGCAACUAUGCCCCAAAGGGAAAUUGGAUAGGAGAAGCACCAUAUAAAGUUGGGGUGCCAUGUUCUGCUUGCCCUCCCAGUUAUGGAGGAUCAUGCACUAACAAUCUUUGCUUUCCCGGAGUGACAUCAAACUACUUAUAUUGGUUUAAAUAAAUGGUACAAUUGUUUUAAUGAAAUGCAUGUGUAACAAAAUCUUGUAUAUUGAAGUUUGCAUAUAUUGUAUAUAUAAUGUAUUGAUUCAUUAAUGUUAUUAUGGACUUUAUGUAAUAAUAUGAACAUUAGUUUUUAGAGAUAUAAUGUAUAUUUAAAUAUUUCUGUUUAAGUGACAGUGGACCACUGAUAGCUACAGAUUAAUAAUGUGCCUUAAGCAACAAAAACAAAGAAAAUUGGAAUAAGAAUUAAAGUGAUUAAGUUUAGUCCCGUAAAGGCCUUAAAGGAAUGUAUCUUCAAAUAUUUUAUAUUUAUAGGCCUGGGCACAAAAUGAACUCUAAAUUAUUAUAUCUAAUCCUUUGAGCUUACUUGUGUGCAUAUGUAUGUGUUUUACAAAAAUCAGAAAACAAAAUAUAUCCUAACUACUAAUUGAAAAGUUUAAGUAACUCAAAUUGGUAGAAUAUCAAUAUGAGAUAUUUCUUUGUACCACUAUUUAGAAUGAGCAAAGUUAUGAUAUUUUUGAAAAAUAUACCCAACCAAGUGUAAUUUUAUAAAAGAACACAAAGUUCUCCAGAAAAUUUAACAGAAGAAAAAAAACAAUACUGAAAUUAUAAUGAUGUAUAUUUGUAAAGCUUUAGUCUUGUAUUUAGUAGCAAAAAAAGUAAAGGGAACUUUUUCCUUUUCCUUUACUUAAAAAUAUAUGUGCAAUUGUGGCAAAAUUCUGUAGACUAACUUUAGUUUUGUGCUUAGAAAUAUACUUAGUUAUGUUGCUAUAGUUAAACAAAGUCCUAACUUGGACAAGAAAGUCAAAGCAAUUUGGCUAUCAUCUGAUGGUCACAUACACUCUUCUUCCUGUUUGUGAUACUUGAGGCCACUGCUGUUCCUGGAGUUUUACAUUGUGAACUACUUGACUCCUAUCAAUAAUAUUCUUUGCAGGUAGAGUGGAGCAGAUGGGUGCUGCCAUGCUAAUAUGGAUCCCAGGUUCAUUAGAGGAUGUGCAAUAAUAUCAGAAAUUUAACUGUUUAGUUUUGAUAUAGUUAGAUAUAUUUUAAACAGCAUCAGGUUUAUUAUUACCUGGAUAUUCAACACAGGCCGGACUGUAAUAAUAAGGCACUCUUCUAUCCAUACAUAAGCUAAACAUUAAUUUAGAGUCAAAUAUCUUGCUUCUUAAAGAAGAAAGAAUAUUAGAAUAGUUUGCUUUAUAGUAACCAAGAAUUUCCCCAGCACUAAAAUAGUUACUGGAUAACAAUUAUACAACUGAAUUUCUAUGGCAGACAUGUCAAACACAAGGCCCAGGAGCCGGAUGCGGCCCGAGAAGUGGUUUCAUGUGGCCUGCGAAGCCAUCCUGAAAACAGUGAGUAAAUGGCCCCUGCUGCCUUGGCCCUGGCCGGCUGGGAGCCAAUGUACAAUUUUGUAGUGGCCAUCUAUGCUGAAAUGCAUUCAGUCUUAGCUCCACAAGGCCAUCUGGAAACAGCGAGGACCCAGCCCAUGCUGCAUCGGUCCCACCCUCUGGGUGCAUGCUGGGGAGGUGUCACCCUUUGUGAGGAAUGAAGAAAUGGACCAUACCUUGGUGCUUGCCCUGGUUCCACCUCCUUCUGUCAGAGACCCUCAGAUCUG